AUGGUUUUACCUGACGGCCUCGGUAUUGAUCUUGAUGAAUUGGAUGUUUCCCACUUGGAUGUAAAACCAAUUCCCAAUUAUGCAGAACCUGCGAAAGUAGCUGACCAAAGUCAACCACACGAUCAUCUUGACAUCGAGGAGGGAAGUGAUGAAAUCCUCUCUGCCUUGGGAUCAGAAGUUGGGGAAGUUGAGAUAAACGAAGAACUAUUGGAACCGUUCUACGAGGACAAUGAGAUUGACGUGUCCAAGUUCAUAUGUGGACUACUCGAUAGGGGUCUGCAGCCACUGAGUGAUCCUCGAUUCAAGACCAUCAUCAACAAGAUGAAAUCAUUCAAUACCAGUGAUGAUGGAAAAACCAUGCCAGAAACUAUGCUACCGGAAGAUUUCAAAAAAUGUUUGGCCUCCAACAUGGUGUUUAUCCAACAGGCUCUAUCUGGCAACAUGAUAGUCCCUGACUGGAAGAGGUUUUCUGGCAUGAUCUCUGAUAUUUUCGAGCAGUGCAGACCCGGAGAUUUUGGCGAGGUAGCUAAGCUAACUGCGCAGCUCCGCAAUGUUAACCCUGACGGUUGGGGUAUAUCUGUCUGUACAACUGACGGACAACGGUUAAACUUAGGAAACUUCGACACCAAGUUUCCUCUGAUGGACUUUAGUCGAGUCCUCCUGUACUGUAUCGUUUGCAGCGAUACGUCUGGUGAUUAUGUCCACAAGUACAUCGGCAAAGAACCUAGUGGGGGCAGCGCUGAGGCUCUUACUCUUAAAGAUAAGAUGCCGCACAACCCACUGCUUAUGACUGGUGGAGUGACCCUUACUUCUCUCAUGAAGCCAACUUACUGCUUCUCCGAGCGGUUCGAAUAUUUCUCUCGAAAGGUUCAGGGGUUUGCUGGGAACGACUACAUAGGUUUCAACAACUCUCUCUCCCUAGCACUGAAGGACCACUCCAACAGACUCUACGCUAUCGGACACUUCCUUAAAACUAACAAAUGUCUUAAUAAAGACGCCCCUGUACUACUGGAGGAGUUAACAGAACUAACUAUCCACUUCUCCUCAAUAGACGCAACUUGUUCUAGUGGCAGUGUCAUCGCUGCUACUCUCGCUAACGGAGGAAUCUGCCCCUUAACAGGGGAAAAGGUGGCACUUCCGGAUGCAGUCAGGAACUGUCUUAGUAUAAUGAACUGUUGUGGAGUUAACGAUUACAGCGGAGAGUUCAUGUUUGAGGUGGGACUGCCAGCAAAAAGUAACCAGUCAGGGGCACUAAUGUUAGUUAUACCUAACGUUCUGGGAAUGUGUAUCUAUUCUCCACGUCUGGAUAGCAGCCAAAACUCCUCCCGCGCUGUUAAAUUCUGUAAGCUGUUCACGGAGAAGUUUACGUUCCACCAGUUUGACCCCUGUUCCACAGCUAGUGCUCUCAGCGAUAAGUGGGACCCUAGACGGCAGGAGUUCUCCGAGAGUAAGGAGCAACAGAACUUAACGUUGCUAUUCUCCUCGUUUGAGGGGAAGAUGACCACUCUCUACCGGUACCUGAAAGAGGGCGUUAACUUUGAUUUCCCUGACUACGACGGUAGGACUGCUAUCCAUCUAGCUGUUUGUGGUGGUCAGAUUGAGGUUAUCAAAUUCUUGGUUGAGAAAUGUAAAGUCUUCAUCAACCCGCGUGAUAGGUGGCAAAGCACCCCAUUGGACGAUGCUAAAAAGUACAACUAUGAAGAAAUCGUAGCCUACUUGCUCCAGCACGGAGCUAAACCAGGUACCGAAAUGAAGGAGUGA